UCGUACCAAAAUGGAGACAUGUCUUGUGUGAUUUUGUAAAAAUUUAAAAAUGCUGUUCAAAGUGUGCCGAAAGAAAAAGCACGAAGCGAAACCGGGUGAAAUUCUUGACCAAGUCAUUUCGCAGUCAUCAUCCAUUGCCAAUAAGUGUUUGCUGUACAAAUUGGCAAAUUAUAAACGUGGCGGCGAUUUAAUUGAUGCAUUUCAAAAAGGAGGUCAAAUUGCGGUUGAAAGUUUGAUCCGCGAACAAUUCGGCACGUUUAUGUAUAACAAUGGUAAAGGUCAAUUAAUCAAUCGUGCUGAAUACCUACGAUGGAAAUAUAUGGACAAUAAGGAAGUGGUUAUUCCGAUUGAAGCAAGUUUAUCGCAACAUGACCCGCUUGCCAAAUGGUACGAUCAUAAUGCAUGCUGGAAAAUGCAGUAUCGCGGCAGUUUGGGUGAAUCUUUAUUGCAUGUUUUAAUUAUAUGCGAUACUAAAAUUCAUACAAAAUUGGCACGGAUUCUAUUACGUGUGUUUCCAAUACUUGCCGUUGAUGUUAUGGAAGGCGAAGAAUAUUUGGGUGCAAGUUCGUUACAUUUGGCCAUUGCUUAUAGUAACAAUUCUCUGGUUGCCGAUCUCAUUGAAGCCGGUGCAGAUGUAAAUCAACGAGCCAUUGGAAGUUUCUUUUUGCCACGAGAUCAACAAGGCAGCAGACCAGUGAAGAAUACCGACUAUGAAGGUCUUGCGUACUUAGGUGAAUAUCCGUUGGCUUGGUCGGCCUGCUGUGCAAAUGAAAGUGUUUACAAUUUACUUCUGGAGCAUGAUGCCGACCCUGAUUUACAAGAUUCAUUUGGAAAUAUGAUUUUGCAUAUGGUCGUUGUAUGUGACAAAUUGGAUAUGUUUGGCUAUGCACUUCGACAUCCAAAAUUACCCGCAAAAAAUGGCAUCAUGAAUGCGGCUGGAUUAACUCCGCUUACAUUGGCAUGUAAAUUAGGACGUGCUGAAGUGUUUCGUGAAAUGUUGGAGCUGUCUGCCAAAGAAUUUUGGCGGUACAGUAAUAUCACAUGCUCUGGUUAUCCGUUGAAUGCUCUUGAUACAUUACUUCCGGACGGACGGACAAAUUGGAAUUCGGCGCUAUUCAUCAUUUUGAAUGGAACCAAAGAAGAACAUUUAGAUAUGUUGGAUGGUGGCAUUAUUCAGCGUUUACUGGAAGAAAAAUGGAAAACAUUUGCCAGAAAUCAAUUUUUGAAAAGAUUGCUCAUUUUGUUUGUGCAUUUGUUCUUCCUGUCAAUAUCGGUGUAUAUGCGGCCGUCCACUGAAAAUUUACAAAACAAAGAAUACGAGGAAAGUCGCACCGAUCGCACUCCCAGCGCUGAUGGUGCUGCAAAUAAUGAUGACUCGAAUGGUGAAGAAGACGAUGAUUCAAUGAAUAUUACAAACAUGAUUCGAUACUUUAGCGAGGUGGCGACAUUGACUGGCGUUUUGAGCUACGUCGUAUUUCAACAAGGCGAUGAGAUUAAAAAUCAGGGACUAUCAGCAUUCUUGAAGCAAUUGGCUCAUGCACCUGCCAAAGCGAUAUUUCUAAUCAGCAACAUUAUGAUACUGGCAUGCAUACCAUUCCGGUUGAUCGGCGAUACCGACACAGAAGAGGCAAUUUUAGUCUUUGCCGUACCGGGCAGUUGGUUUUUGUUGAUGUUCUUCGCAGGAGCCGUACGACUUACAGGACCAUUUGUGACAAUGAUCUAUUCAAUGAUAACGGGAGACAUGUUUACAUUUGGCAUCAUUUAUGUAAUUGUUUUAUUCGGAUUUUCGCAGGCCUUUUAUUUUCUCUAUAAAGGUCAUCCGCAAGUGGAGCAAACACUAUUUGCUACGUAUCCCACCACUUGGAUGGCAUUAUUCCAAACAACAUUGGGCGAUUAUAAUUAUUCAGACUUGAAUAACACAACCUAUCCCAAUUUGGCUAAAACGGUUUUUGUUAUUUUUAUGAUUUUCGUUCCAAUUCUUUUGUUAAACAUGUUGAUCGCUAUGAUGGGAAAUACCUACGCACAUGUAAUUGAACAAUCUGAAAAAGAGUGGAUGAAGCAAUGGGCAAAAAUUGUCGUGACCUUGGAAAGAGCCGUCUCACAAUCCGAUGCACAAAAAUAUCUUGAACAAUAUUCGAUUCCGUUGGGUCCAGCAGAUGAUUCGGGCUACGAAACACGAGGUGUUAUGGUUAUAAAAAGUAAGUCAAAAACACGAGCAAAGCAACGAAAAGGGGCGGUCUCCAAUUGGAAACGAGUCGGAAAGGUAACGUUGAAUGCAUUGAAAUCGCGAGGUUUAACGGGAGAAGAAUUAAGACGAAUUAUGUGGGGACGGGCAUCUAUCACAUCGCCGACUAAAGUUUCGAAAAAAAAAAUGACACAGAAUAUGGGAAUUGGACAACAAGCUGUUAAUGCAGCCGGUGUCGCUACAACUGGAGCACUUAGUACAGCCGUCGAUCGAAUGUCAUUCGCUCAUGACAUCGUAAUGAUGACUGACGAUGCAAUUGCUAUUGGAUUGGGCUUGGAUGUUGAGAAUGCAGACAAGGUGUUCAAAGACCCUUUGCGUGAAUUGAUUUUAAUGUCUGAAAAUACGUCGGCUAAAGUUGACGAAAGUUAUGCAACGAAUUUGGCAAAAGAAGCGAGUGUUUUGAGUCACGUCAAAGAGAUUCAUUUGGAAACAAAAACGGCACCAACACCGAUUCCAAAGCCAGCCACUCUGGUCACGCCAGCAAUGGUACCACAAGAUGCCAAGAGCCUGACAACAGCCUUCCAAGAUAAAACUAAUAUGGUUGAUCCGGUGAAAGAGCGUGAAUUUCUAAUGAAAAUAAGUGCAAUGGAAGAAUCAGAUACCGAAGGUGUUAUGAACGUUGAACGACCAAUUUUGGGUAAAGUUUCGUUAAUCCGAAGAGCCAAAUCGGCUGUAUCGCGUAGUAUAAUCGAACGUCGAAUCAAUGAUAAGCAUCCGUUGUUCAGUGUUGCUUGGGAAAAUCAAAAAUCAAUUGCAAAAAAUGAAUCGCUCACUAGACAAGACUCGCGUGCAAUCGAUAUUAAUGUUGACGAUGAUGAACAUGGAUCAGACGAUGACAUUCCAACACCCGAAGAGGUAAAGCGUCACAUGGAAUUGUUUCAUUUACGACGAGGGCAACCACCGCCCAGCGCAAAAUUGGAAGAGUGCCGCAAAUCGAAGCAUUCAAAAAGUCGUUCGGCAAAAACAAAAUCUAAUCGUGUUGCGCCAACCGAUGAGGAUCUUGAGCCAGUAACGAAAAAAACAAGUCGCACUCGAUCGGCAAAGUUUAUGUCACGCGUAGAAAAAGAUGAAGAUUCCUCACCCGAUCCAUUGGAACCAUGGUCCACCAAAGAUUUGCUUAAUAUCAAUAAAAUUCUGGAAUCUUAAAUACACUUUAUUGUUUUCCCCAUUCAAUACAAAUAUCAAACAAACAAAACAAUUUAAAAUACGAAUUCACAUAUCGAAAACUGAAUUGCAUCUCACAUCUAAAUGAAACUGUGUUUUUUCUUUGCUAAAUUGUAGUAAAUGUGAGUUCAAUUGCUUUAAAGAUCAAUUUUUGUUCAUCUGCUAGUU